AUGACAGAUAAAGAGCCGUAUUAUCGGUCCAAGACCAGUAUUAAGCCAGCUCCCGUGGCGCGGCCACGCUCGGUGUAUGGUGACGCAGACGAAUUGAUGUUUAAACUUGCCAAAAACUCGGUUUUGGCUCCAUCACUAAAACGUACUAAGCCUCCAAUCGAACCUUAUUUUGUUAAACAGCCAAACAGGCGUCGCUUGAGUGUUCCUGACGACUCUAGCUAUAAGGGGGUUGCUUCGUACCCGUUCCAAUGUGCUGAUGAGUCGGCAAUUGUGUCUGAUGACGAGGAUGAUCUAGAGGACAAUGUAAUUCAAACCAAAGUGUCACGCCACGGUUCUAUGGCCGAGCAUAGUCGCCCACCAAGCUCCAGAAACUCGUUCCACCGCUCUGUGAGCGACAAUUUUUCUCCAGCGUCAUCUUGCUCAAACUCGACCAGCGAACUCACCAUUAACAAAACCUUUGACAGGGCCAAUUUUUCCAUCACUAAUCCACGUGUGGCCAUCCAAAGACCAGAGUUAUUGGAAGACGCUGACGAGUACGUCAACUCCUUGUUUAUCAAGAGCAACUUGCCGUAUAUCGUUACUAACCCCCGCUCCAGAGCGUUGUCUUCGUCGCUCUUCCCGCCUCGAAUGAUGUCCACCUCGCUCACCAAAGACGACUUUGAUGCGGUUACAUGUUCUCCAAGCGUCCGAGACGACUUUGAUACUGUUCCUAAUCAAUCGUUUAUAGUCUAA